GUGGAGACCGUUUUGACGCACCGUUUUGACCGGAAGUAUAGAAAAGAGUACCCUCAUCGCUCAGCAGCUUGUACCUAUUGUAAAUUUCCAAAACUGACUGGCAAUCAAUACAGAGUCUCGUCCAGUUUUUAUGGCAGAGGGCCAUGAGGACCACCCUUAUGCUACAUAUGAGGAACAAAUGUCCAUAGCAGAAAACAUAUCUGGAAAUUAUGACUCUGACAGUGCAUCCAAAUCCCCAUUAAAAUGCUUUCAAGACUCCCCUAGAAAAGUUCUUGUACAUGAGAAUCAAAGUGCUACAGUUAGUCUACUGAAUGAUUUAACCCAUCUGGGACAGUUAUCUGCCCUUGCCUUUGAAACAGACAUGGAGGACAAUGCUGUGUGUUCAAUAGGAGAACACAUUGGGUUAAGAGAGAUGGAGGCGGAGGGUGACAAUUAUCAUGAUGAGGUUGAUGGACUUGCAAAGAAUGCGGACAAUGCCAUGGAAACUAAUGUGGAUGAUGAUGAUGAUAGUAUGAACAGUAUGAACGCUUUUGCAAAAGUCCAUGAGGAGCUGAAAAGCUUAGAAGGUGGUAAUUUGAACUUCAUUAAUAAUGAUUCGGGGACAAAGUCUCCAAGAGUAAAUGAAUCCUUCGAUGGUAUAGAAACAAAUGAUAGCUUGGAAAAUGGUGUGACAAAUAGUGAUAAUGUUAAAGAUUCUAGCAGAAAUGAUGCUGUCAGUGAAGACAAAUCCAGCGAAAACUCUGAUAAUUCGAUAGAUAGCUUUACAAACCUGAAAGCACCGGAAAGUCAAAAUGGAAAUGAAAGUUCAAAAUCACAGAAUGCUAAUAAUGAUAUAGAAGAUGAAAUUAUGGAGGGAAAUAGUGAAAAUGAAGGAGAUGAUAAUAAAGAUGAAGGUGCAGAGGAAUAUGCUGAAAUGUCAGACGAUGCAACAAUUAGUAAUGAUUCUUUUGAUAAAACCUCUGUGUCAAUUACCACUGGACCUACUGAAAACAUAGUGCUAAAAAUUCAAAAGAAGCGAGGUAGAAAGAGGAAAAAGAGAUCUCAGCUUUGGAGCAAAGCAAGUCCAUAUAAAGGGAAGCGUUUAAGCAUUUCUCCUGCACGAGCGAACGCAAACUUACCUUUAGUGGUUACUGAAAUGACUGAUGCUAGCACUCAUGCAGUCGAGGAAGCUGCUGAAGCCCAUAUAGGGGAGACGACCCAUUCUGAACUGAAUGAGGAGGAGGCUGCUGAAGGGAGGCGUAGACGUAGCAAGUCAGCUCAUAACAGCGACUACAUGCCAACUGACGAGGUCCUCGACGAGAUACUGGGGUCAGAGGCUAAAGUUCAUCGCCAACAACAGAAGAGGAAAAGUUUCACUGUGAAACCUUUCACAGAUGCAGAUCUUGAGCGCUACUUGGAACCAUUUAAACAUGGUUGGCGCAGGGAAAUCGUAAUGCGUGGAACUGUCAACGAGCUUUCUCCAAAAACUGCUGCUGAUACCUACUACUUUCCGCCAGUUGGGAACAAAAUUCGCUCAAUGGUGCAAAUAGCUGACUAUUUGAGCAGCCAUGAAACUUCCCUAACAGUGGACAACUUCACAUUCAUGAGGAGACCAAUCGGUGCUGGGGAUGGAGAAAUGGUUCGAAAUGCCUCAUCAUCUGGUCGAGGGCCAAAGACCGGAGUAUCAAAACUAAAACUAGCAAGCCCGAAACCAGUGGUUGUGUUGAAGCGGACUCAAAAAUCACAAACAAAAGUUUUUCGUAAAUUUCCCAAUAAGGAAGUACAGUUGGUUCACGAUGAUAAUGAUGGCAAUUACGACACGCCUGAAGUGGUUAUCGAACGGGACUCUGACGAUUUUGUAAACCACAUCAUUGCAUCAGGAAUCGCGUCCGAAGAAAGAGGCAAGAUUGAUUCCCCGAAAAAGGACCAGAAUGGACAUGUGAUGAAAAACGAAGGGUCGAACAUUGUGAUCAUGCAUCCAUCCAAUGAGGCUGUGAUUCUGUCACCGUCUAGAAAAAAGACCAUGAAGGCUACGGCAAGAAAAAGCACUACUCAGAAACAUUUCAAGAAGCCCAUUCCAUACACAGGUAUAGAGAACCUCUGCUCUAUGCGAUGUCCAGGGAUGGAGGGAAUACCUCCCAUGCUCCACUGCAACGUGUGCAUGUGUCUCUUCCACAAUGAGUGUGUCAACUACUUUGGGCAGGACAGCGACUUUGUGUGUCUGAGAUGCAAGGAUGUCCAAGACUCUCUUGGAAAUUUCAACCCCACAGUGACCUCCUCCAAUGACAGCAUGGUGAUGAAGGUUAACGCUCCAAUGAUCUUAUCCCAGUUGGGAGCAACAUCAGGGGACUCUCGACCUAUCAAAAUGGUCCAGGCAAAUGUCCCACUGUCAACCACCAUUAGUGGUAUCCCUUUUCACUUCUCGAAUCCAAAUGUCUCAGGAAUGGGACUGCUGAACUCUUCGCUUCAGUCCACUCCUGCGACUUCUUCACCUUCAGUGGCCUUGGCCUUAUCCAUGGCAGGUCUAACUCCUGUUUCUUCAUCAUCAGUAUGCCCCAUUCAACCAGCAGCUUCCAUCAAACAGGAACCUUUUGAUAAUUAUGACACUGAUGGUGUGCAAGCGAGUAGUGAUGCCUUGAAAGGUCUUAAAGCUGCUCUUCUGAAUAAAAUCAACAGUCCAGACCAUCCCGUAAUGACAGUUAGUGGGCAGGACAAAAUGUUCAAGACGAUUUCUCCCAGGCCGACUAGUUUCACCUCUGGUAACACUAAUAUAAACCCAGCUUAUCCUCUCUUGAGCACCAUGCCAAGAAUACCUGUCGUAAACACAACCAGGUUUAUGACAUAUGGUGCCCCCAGAAUGCCUGUUGUUAACUCACUGUAUCAGCCUCUUCAGAAUCCAGGCCCGCCAUUGCCUGGCCUUGUUUCAAUGAACUCAGCGAACAAAUCUCAACAGCCUUUGCAAACUGUGCCAUCACUAUUGGGCCCAACUUCUAUUGUCCCCGUGACAACAUCUCAUGGGUUAGCUGUGGGUGAGACCCCUUCGAGUGGACCCGUAGUUGUCAAUGCGAAGCAUGUGGCCCCGAUGAAUGGUCAGUUGUUAACGUUACCCCACGCCGUUGUAAAAAGGUUAAACUUGAACAAAGCCCUAUCGUUAAAGAUAAACAACAAACAAAUCUAUGUGCCUCCGUCAGCGUUCUUUCAGUCAAAUGGUGGUCUUAAAGUAUUUUUGCCUCUGAACACAUUUCCCGCUGCUGAUGAUCAAAAAAUGGAUCUGUCGGUGUCAAAUGAGAAAUCAACGGAUGAUUCACUUGCUAAUGGGCCAUCAGAGAAACUGGAAUCAGUGAAAAGGGCAAGGGCUAGUGACAUCAGGAAGUCUAAAUAUUACAGCAAGUUUUGUAUGAUAAAAGCGCUUUAUGGAGGUUAUGACGUGAUGACUGUAAUCUUCCGUUAUCUGCAAUUGAAGGAUUUGUUGCGGUGCAGCGAAGUGUGCCGGACUUGGAGACUGAUCUCGAUGUCACCUAAUCUGUGGAGGCGGGUCAGUUUUAAAGGGUGCAGGAUCUCAGACAUGCAGAAGGCCCUUCAGUACAUAGGGAGCAGACUUGCCCAGAGAAUUAAUCUGGAUGGAUUGGGUCACGUGGGGGAUGAAGCCAAUCGUACAUGGCACCAGCUGCUAGUGUCCCUACAGCACGUACCCACGCUGCGGCACAUCACGUUUGGUGUGAUACCGUCCACUCCCCUGCAGUCCAUGUGCUCACGGCUGGUCAACGUGGAAGGGUUCUGUGCUGAGAAAAUUGUGGAGUCCAAUGAUGACUGGGUGAGCCCCACAAAACUGGACAUCUCCAAGUUCUCGUGCAUGACUGGACUUAGGGAGCUGCGCCUCUCUGGGCUGGGCGGUCUCACUCUACCCUCGUUCAGCUUCAGUGGGGGACUGGCCGACCUGGGCGUGCUUUCAAAACUGACCACCCUGCAUUUGACGUCUCUGAGGGAGGUGGAGGGGUCAGAGUUCAGCUUCAUAUCACUGCUGAGCAACCUCUCUGACCUGGCCCUGGGGGACUGUACAAAGUGGACCCAGGAGACAUACUCCCACCUCCAGAAGUUGUCUAGCCUGCGCUGUCUGCGUUUGGAACAUGGUGGCUCCAUCCCGGACACCGGGCUUGGCCUCGCACUCUCCAAUCUCAUGCUGCUAGAGGAGCUGGAGCUCUACUGUUUCACGGUGGCUUACACAUUCGGCAACCACAUCUCUGAUCUCAUCAGUCUCCGUAGAUUCUACAUCCUCCCUGAUAACUCUACCUUUGCAUCAGAAGUGAAUUCCAACACCUUGGCAGCCAUUGAGAAACUUCCAAACCUGAAAGAGUUGACCUGGGCGAUUCCGGAGAAAUCUUCGGCCUCCAUUAUCCUUGAUGAUAACGAAAACACAGAGCAGCCUGAACAGUGGAUCCCUUUCCACUUAACCAUGGAGCAGAAAGAGUCCGGGCAGACUCAGUAUUUGAACAUGAGUGAAUUGCUUGCAAAGUUGAAAUUGGUACAAAAGAACACAGAAGUAAAUGUUAUUAUUCAUAAAGAAAAGAAGGCGUAAAUUAAGUCAAAGUGUACACUAACUUUUUUGCUGUUAUAAUGGUCCAAUAAUCUUUUAAGUGUAAAGGCUGUUUACAGCCUUGUGCAAGAUUGCAGCUUAACUGAAAGUUGGAACAAUUAAGUACCAAUUGUGCGUACAUACCUUGUGUUCAUUGUUUUUCAUCUUCUUCGCUUGAAUGUGAACAUUGUUGUGAUAAAUAGUACAUGUUUCUAUGUUAUCCACACAUUUAAUUUUAUUUGCAUAAGUAUACACAUGUUUUCAUAGUUAUACACAUGUUUUCAUUGUUUUUCAUUGGUUUGUUAUAAUUCCUUUAUUUGGUCAUUUAUAUUUAUGAAUCAUUUAACUCAUCUUACUGUUCAUUUAAAAAAUAUUCAAAUAAUUCUUUAGUAAAUGUAUCUAGAUUAUUCUAUUCGUUCAAAGUGAAAUUUUCUUUUAAAUUAGUUUGACACGAUUUCAUGGGAACAAGUUUUUCUUUGAACAGCAUCUACUAGUACUUUACAUGUAAAGUAAUACUUUAAAUUUCAAAGCUCUUCAAGGAUUCUUUCACUAUGAUGACAUUUUAAGAAAGGACAAAAGCUGCCACAAAUGUGUAAAUAUUCAUUAUGAAGUUUGUCAUGAACAAAUUUCAAGGAAAAACAAGAUUUAAAUAUGUUAGACUUGUCUUCUUACUUGCAUUUCAUUUUAUAAUAUUUUAAAACAGAGAUGGUUAACACUUUAUUAGAUUUCAUUUGAAAACAUGGUGCAUAUGUUUGUAAUACUAUCUAAUUAAUUUUUUUUUUUCGAAUUUUGGAAAAUAUAAACUCAUAUCUUGAUGAAAAUUGGUUUGUUUGCUUAACAAAAUGGUAAUGCUUACUACCAGCAUGUUUUCUUGCAUCUUAAACAGAUGUUAUUGGGAAACCUCAACAUAGUUUAGCUUGCCUACAGAUAGCAAGUUGGUCAAUAAUUCAUAAUUACAAUGAAAUAUGCCUGGGCCUUUAAAAUUAGUGAAGUGUGACCUUAUUGUCAAGCACUGAACAAUAUUUACACAUGUAGUCAUCAUGAGUCAUCAUCUGCGCCUGUGAUCCGCCAACCAGCUUCCGCCAGGUGUCUCGGUUCUGGGCGAGUCCCUCCAGCUACCCCCAAGUUGUGCCCAUCUUCUUAGCAUCUGCAUCCAUGUCAUGGCGCCAGGUGUUUCUAGGCUUACACAUUUAGUAGACAAAGCUUAAAUUCACAUAAAGUUCGUUGGUUAUAAAGUUGAGUUAAUUUCUAAAAAUCCUAAAAUUUAUGUACUCUGCUAUAUAAUUUUGAAAGCUGUUUUUGGUCUUGAAUGGUUUUAAUCUGGUAAGAAAUAACAGAUGCUUUGUUUUUACACGGAUGAGAUUAUGAUGUGACUUUUAAUGAGUAACUUUAGAAAAUAAGAUACAUUUAUUAGUAUUAAAAAAUGGGCUCUUUUUUGUAAGACCCGAGAAAACCCAUGAGAGUAGUGUUGAGUCUUUUCUACAAGAUUUAAAAACAUGUACCAGUAUUGAAACCUUAAAUUUCAAACACUAAGACUAUUGGAUUACAUAAAUAUAUUUACAAAGAAAUGCGAAGUUAUGACUAAAGGUCUUAAAGAUCCAACUUAUAACAAAUAUUUUCCUCUUUGUGCUUUGGUAGUCCAUUUUGCAUAAAAAGAAAAUAAAUAAUUAAAAUUAUUUAUUUUUAAAUUGUAAAAUAUAGAAAUACAAAAAAAAUACUUAAGCAGUAUCGGCUGGAGAGAAUAAGCAAGACAAGAUCCAUAUUUUGCAGGAUGUUAACACAGCAGAACAUGAAAACACAUGAGCACACAACUUGCAUGAAUAACACUGGGUCAACUCUUUUGUUCUGUGUAUGAAAAACAUCAAAAGAAACUCACAAGAAGAACACAAUUGUUACCUAUUUUCAGUCAUUUGCCAUAACAAUUUCUAUUGUAUAUAAUAUCAUUUAGUCAUUUUAUUAUUUAUGAAUAUUUAUGGAAACAUUAGCAUGGUUGUAUAUUGAGAUGUAUAUUUCAUACUAUACAUUACAGUGCUGUUUUUGUUUCGUUUUUUUUUUGAAAUCAGAGCAGUAUACAUAUAUAUUAUGAAUUUGUAUUGACAAUUUGUUUUGGAUUUCAUUAUUUCAUAUUUCAUGAAUAGUUAGUAUACCUACCAGACUUAGUUAAAUUUAUUUUAGAAGAAGACUAGUAGUAAUUAAUAAAAUCAAUACCAGUAUGCUGUUUUUUUUUCAACUAGAUGUAUGCAAGAUGGGAAAAAAACAACAACAACAAAUGCAUUGAAUAAGGUAUAAUAAUUUUUGGCAACUUUUUGUUGAAUAGUUUUUGUUAUGGAUUGCUCGUAACAACACUGAAAUCAAUCAGUAUGUAAAGCAUUUUGUUUUUGUUCUAAACAUUUUGAACAUAAAUUAUAACUAAAUUAUUAUGUGAGGAUAACAAAGGCAUCAAACUUGGCAUAAAUGGAUUUAUUACAUUUCUUGUAUUCAUUUUUAGAAUAGUAUUUGUUGCAAUAGAAACAAGAACUUUGGCUGUUUUAUAAAAUUCGGGUUAAUCACAAAACUGUAUACUGGUAUGGAUUUACAAAAUAAUUGCUUAAAAAAUGCAGUGCCCAUGUGUGCAUGAGCACAAUUUAUUAUUACUUCAAAAAUGAUCAUAGACGUUUUAUUGGAAAAUUCAUUGAACCUUGUAGUGGAGGUAGGACAUUUUCCUCCCAUGCAAGCCAGGCUAUUAUUUGUGGCAUCCAAUGUCGUCAUUAUAUGGAACAUACAAAACAGAUAACUACUUCAUUGCCUUUGUGUUUCCUUUCUUUUCAUGUCUGAUGUCUAGUAAUGCUCAUUUGGUUAGUGCAUUAUUUCCUGUAACUUUUUUGGCUUAAUUCAUGUUUUAAGGGCAAGCAAAAUGGACUCCUUUUGGUAUAAGUUCUGCCAAUUCUUGGCAAUGUCUCAACUUAAAAUCUUUGUACUGUGUGUUUAUCUUUUAAGCAACAGGACGACAAUAAAUUUAAAUGUCAUCUAAAAUCACUGCAAAUUUGUCCAAUGUUCAUUCCAGACAUGGUUAAUUAAGUUUCAUAAAUUCAUCCCUAUUUCUUAAGCCCAACUAGGUUUUUCAUCGGUUUUGUUAUGCUUUCAAGCAUGCAUGUCUGUGUUUUCAUUUUGUGUAGCAACAACUUUUAUAUCACCACCUGUCUACAUUAUUGAAUUCCAUUUCCAUUCAGAUCUUUGAAACAUAUCAUUGUUAUGAUGUGUAAAUCAUUUAUUUCUUUACUUGGUUAGACAUUUGUGUACAUAUGUACAUUUCUUUAACUUAAAACCAAUGAAUUUAAGCAUUUUGAAUAAUAAAGAAAAUAAUGCAGUAUUCUUUA